CUUUUCAUUAUUUCGAGGAUUUAAAUGUUCCGUGAAAUAUGAAGUUUUUUAAAGAAUGUUUUGUCCUAAACCGAGGCUUCAUCGAAAUGUUAAGUAAAUACAAUCAAAACCCAGUAGUUCACCGAUGGUUGCUGUCACAAAUUAAGCAUGCUUAGACUUGCUGACAUUUGACACCCAACCCCAAACAGUUUUCUUUUCGUCUUAAAAAAUAGACAUGGGAAAUAAACAUUUGUUUAUUAGGAGGACUACAUGCUAUGAUUUGAAAGAUUAUCGACUAAUCUUUCCUCAUGAUUGCAAAUGUCUGAAACUAGACACCUGAAGUGGUUACUUUUAUUACUCUUCGCUCAUUCUCCUCCCUUUCACGUUCUCUCCCCAUAACAAAACGUCGCCAAAUUCCUUAAGUUUUUGAUGUCUGCGUUGAGGAUUUUUAAGGAACAAAAUGUUGGAUUGAUUGAACUAAUGAAAAAACGAAAAAACUCUGCAUAGUAUAACCUUCUAAAUACGAAGGAGCGGAAAAGAGAAAGAAAUUCAUCUCCAUGGAUGAAAAAGAGUGAAAAGGAUAAACGAAGACGAGGAGGGCGCGUAACGGGUCAGCACGGAGGAAAACAAGUUAUAAAGUCUAAGAAAAGUAGGAAAAUGUGUGAGUUUUGACUUGUUGGACCGGAGUACAGAAUUUGCAAACACAUUCCACCAAAAAAGGGUCGUGGGAAUGGAUGGAGAAAAAGAAAAAGAGCGCGAGAGGGGAAAUGAAAAAGAGAGUGAUGAGACAGAGGAGGAUGCAGAAGGGGCAGCCUUAUUAUGGCAAGAGGGAUAUCCUGAAGAUGACCUGGGCUUACCCAUCAUGCACUGGGAAGAUCUGAGCCUUCGUAUUGCUGAACUUGAGAAGCAACAAGAGGAGAGGAGACAGAGGGAAAAGGACUUGGACAGGCUGACAGUAGACUGGCCAGAAAUCAGAGGGCUGAGCAGUCACAGAGAAACCUAUGAGGACAUGGAGGACGAUUGCAACAGUCGUCUGACUUCUCUGACAUCAAGGCUCCAGAGCCAGAUGAAUCUACAGCUGUGCUUCAUCAAUAACAGUGAAAGUGAGGAGGAAGAAGAGGAAAUAGAGGCAAAGAAAGAGGUGGCAAAACAGUCCAGUAAGUGUGGCAGCAUUCAGAGGUUAGAGAAGGAGCGUGGUUCAAGCUCUGCAUCGACUAAGAAAACCAAAUCAAGAGGUUUCAAGAAUGAUGUCAGAGCUGCGCUGAGUUUACUCAGACACAAAUUGAGAUUGGAGCAAAAACAGACUAUACCACCCAGUGAGGCUGUCAGAGAAAGGAAGCGCUAUGAGCGAAAUGACUUGAAGAAUUUCAGCUUGAAGGAGUUAAAAGCAUUGAGGACCUCACUAAGCAAAGACAUUCAUGACCUCAGUUCAGAGCUGGUGGGUCGACUUCUCACAAGGGACCAGCUGAGAACAGAGCAGGACGCGAUGCUGCUGGAGGUACAAGAUAUGACAUCACUCUGAUGCACAAUCCAAAAAAGUAUUUCUUCUAAGGAGCAUAAUGACGGGACAUUCGUUUACAAGACUGUCCAUAAGCUGCCUGAACUAAUUGACUUUACUGUGAAAAGCUACAGCACUCCAUCAUCACUGCAAAAGACUUUUAAGCCAGAGUUUGUAUUCUCAAAAGGCCAGCUCAGCACUAAUAGAGGAAAGAAGAAAGAGGGAGGGACAUAUCAUGGAGCAAGAGAUGACCAAGGAGGGUUGGAUUGAGAGAAUGGUAAAAAUAGUUCGAGAAACUGAUGUGAAAGGGAAAGACUUCAGGGGUGAAUGACUAGACGGAGCCAAUGAUGCAUCCAAAUCUUCUUCGAUUUGCUCUUCUGUAUUUGUCUUGAUAGUCAAAUUAGUUGUUACCUGUUUUCAGUGUCAGGUACUCCUCACGUUUUAUUCAUACUGAGAUUCUUUAUUUUUCUAAAAAAACAAAGGACUUUAUUGCUUUGUUAAAUAGAUGUUAAACUAAACAAGGAGAAGGAGAUCGCAGGAAAUUCAAAAAAGUUGCUUAUUGGAAAAGAGGUGGUUUCAGAAGCAAAGAAUGGGAGGAUGAAACAAGGACGCUUCAUAAGAACUAGCCAACAAUGACGACAAGAGUGCCUACUGUUUUGUUUGAAACAGAUAAGGGGGCAGACGCCCAGCUUUCUUCCUCAAUUAAUUCUUCAGUUACUGGCUCCUGCAAUAUUGAUGAGUCCUACAAGUACAUCUUCCUGCCAAUUUGCUACUCCUUCACCUUUGUCUUCAGCAUAACCCUUAACUUUGUGGUUCUUUACCGUUCCUUUCGACGCACCAGACGCUGGAAUGCAUCGCUGAUUUACAUGGUGAACCUGGCCACGACAGACUUCAUGUAUGGUUUAUCCUUGCCUUUCCUGGUGGCUAGUUACGUCAUGCGGGACGACUGGGUGUUCGGAGACUUCAUGUGCCGCCUAGUGCGCUUCCUCUUUUACUUCAACCUCUACUGCAGCAUCUUCUUUCUCACUUGUAUCUCAGUGCACCGCUACCUGGGCAUCUGUCACCCCAUGAAGACCAUCACCUUGGAGACCAAGCGAGCCGUGAAGGGGACUUGCGUUUUGGUGUGGAUUGCUGUUUUUGCACUAACAUGCCCAAUUUUUCGUUUUGCACAGACGCAGUAUCUUCCACGUGAAGGUAAGGGCACGAGGGAGGAGGUGUUUAAUAAUUGCUGGGAUGAUGCCAUUGAUAGAGAGUUCCACGAUUACAUCCCUUACGGGGUCACUCUUCAUUUCUUGGGUUUUUUUGUACCAUUUAGCAUCAUUGCCUGGUGCUACUCACGUGUAGUGUUAACUAUAUUUCGGUCGCUGCACUCUCAACCUCCUCCUCAAAGAGUCAGGAGUGGGACGGGCUGUGAAAGCGUCGCAGGGAUAGGGGGAGAGGGCAUGUCAAUCAUCUUGGGGGCUCAUUCGCCUUACGUGAACAGGCGUCGCAAGUCCAUCAAGACCAUAAUUACUAUCACUCUACUCUUUGCCCUUUGCUUCUUUCCCUUCCAUGUCACUCGCACCAUUUUCCUGCUCCUGAAAGUGACAAGUAGGGUACAGUGCCACACCAUGCGCAUGGUUUCCAUCUGUUAUAAAAUCACUCGGCCUCUGGCCUCAUUCAACGCCUGGCUGAAUGCACUGCUUUAUUUCCUUACCAAAGAGAAAAAUGGGCCCUGCUGUCAAAAACCUGAACAUGCCCAGCAUGGUCUACUAUGGCCACUGAGAAUGCUGGGAAAAGGAGAGGAAGAGGAAAUUGAAGCUGAGGAGACACGGAACCAUAAGGAAAAUGGGUCAACAGCUGAAAACAAUGCAUACAGAGGUCUACCUUAAGGAAUGACAAUCUAAACAUGUGACGGCGUAGGGCACCAACAAGUGAGCCUUCAUAUGGGAUUAAUUUGAAAUGAACUGUAAUGUUUUGUUAUAUUCAUUGUUUUUGUAUAAUCAUGUGUAUUCACAUAAAACAUGGAGGAUCUUGUAGUUGUUUUGUCUUUUCAAGACCCCUAACAGAUUGUUUUAUUUGUUAAUUGUUUAGAGGGUUAAUUUGUUAUUGAAAAAAAUGUUGAUUUAGUGUAUAUAAAUUGCAAAAACAUAUAUAGAAUAAUACACUCAUUUAUAGUUUAUCUUAUUUUUGCAGUUGUUGGCAUACCUCAGAGUAGAAAUAUUUUGUGCUGGAACUACGUUUAGUGCUGUCAUAGAUUAAUAUAUCAUGUUGUGAAUAAUUAAACUCUUCUAAUAAACAUUUUCUGAGCCUGUUUAAAAAGAAAAUCAAAUUAUGAGAUCUUUUGAAGAUGCUAUACAUCAUUUAAGCACUAUUUCAGAUUUGUUUGUCCUUGUGUGAGUAAAGAAUCUAAAUUUGUUGUAGAAUAAACUUCUUGUGGGUGACGGUU